AUGGCGAAAACGGUUGCAUACUAUCAAAACCGACUAGGUGAAACAUCACGUGCACGGCCUAACCUAAGAAAGCUGCCGUUACGUAGAAAUCACGAAGCCAGACACGAUCGCCUUAUAGAAGAUUAUUUUGCAGAUGACGUUGUCUACGCUAUAAAGCUUCGACGUCGGUUCCGGAUGAGGAAGGAACUAUUUUUACGUAUUGUUGGUGAUUUGGAAGGCCGCUUUCCAUAUUUCCAAUGGAAAAUGGAUGCAAGGGGAAAAAGCAACGAUAUCCACCAAUUGUAUACGGUGCAUGAAGGAAAACAUGGAUUCCCUGGAAUGCUAGGUAGUAUCGAUUGCAUGCAUUGGAGUUGGUCAUUAUGCCCCAACACAUGGCGUCGUCAGUACAUGAGAGGAGACCACAAAGAGCCGACGAUCAUUCUAGAGGCUAUCACAUCACAUGAUCUUUGGAUAUGCCAUGCAUUCUUUGGUCCAGCUGGUGCAAACAAUAACAUCAACGUGCUAGACCAGUCGCAUGUAUUCAACGAUAUCUACCUUGGAAAGUCACAUGAUGUACCUUUUCAAGCAAAUGGGGUAGCAUAUAAUCGUGGAUACUAUCUUACUGACGGUAUAUAUCCUCCCUUGUCUGUUUUUGUGAAAUCGUUUACAUGUCCUAACGACCCGAAAAGGAAAAAGUUUAAAGAGGCGCAAGAGUCAGCUAGGAAGGAUGUGGAGCGAGCAUUUGGUGUACUUAAGAGACGUUGA